GUAGCUGCGUCAGGUCAGGUGUUUGCUGCUGCGUCCCGGUCAGGGCCUUCCUGUGUCCCCUGUGUCGAGGGUCGCCUCCGGGCUACUCCUCACUCUUCCCACUUCCCCCCGAAAGAGGCUCCGCUGCAGACGCUUCACAUGGAUGUGUGGGGCCCGGCCCCCGUCCGUGGGCAGGGUUACGAGCGCUACUUCCUGUUGGUGGUUGACGACUACUCGCGUUACACCACAGUCCUCCCCUUGCGCAGCAAGGGUGCUGUCACUGAGGUGCUGAUCGACUGGAUCCGCGAGGCUCGUCUCCAGCUCAGGAAGAGCUUCGGCUCUGACUUUCCUGUUCUGCGUCUGCACUCGGACAGAGGCGGAGAGUUCUCCUCUCGCCUUCUGCGAGACUACUGUCGUGCACGGGGGAUCCGCCAGACCUUCACACUUCCGGACUCACCUCAGCAAAAUGGGAUUGCUGAGCGCCGCAUUGGCAUGGUCAUGGAUGUCGCUCGUACGUCCAUGAUGCAUGCGGCUGCCCCCCAUUUUCUGUGGCCGUUUGCGGUGAGGUACGCGGCGCAUCAGCUCAACCUUCACCCGCGGGUCUCUAGGCCUGCGAUGUCCCCAGCCUUGCUGUGGACGGGGAAGGUUGGCGAUGCGUCUGUGUUUCGUGUCUGGGGAUCUCGGGCGUUUGUCCGCGACUUGUCUGCGGACAAGCUGUCCCCUCGUGCUGCUCCCUGUGUCUUCCUUGGCUUCCCCACUGACGCCCCAGGGUGGCAGUUCUACCACCCCUCCUCUCGUCGUGUUCUGUCCUCCCAGGACGUCACGUUCGACGAGUCGGUCCCCUUCUACCGUGUGUCCCAGGUAGACGCCGUUGACCCGGUCGAGGUUACUGGUGACUCUGGUGCUGUCCGCGGGGGUGCUGAGCCUGGAGGAGCUGCUGCUGGGGGUCCUGAGCCUGGGGGUGCUAGUGCGGAGGGUGCGGAGCCUAGGAGUGCUGCGCCGGGGGGUGCUGUCACUAGAGGUGCUGGGUCUGGGGGUGCUGAGUCGAGAGCUGCUGAGCCUGGGGGUGCUGAGUUGGGAGCUGCUGCGCCUGGGGGUGCUGUGUCUGGAGCUGCUGAGCCUGGGGGUGCUGCGUCUGGAGCUACUGCGCCUGGGGUUUCUCCUGCUGCUCAGCCUCCCCGGGAGCCUCUCUCUCCACAGGAGCCUGCGCGAGUGUCGCAGUCCCUGCUUGAGCCUUCCUCUCCGCUACCUGCUCCCUCUCCUUACACUGGUCCUACUGGAGGUCUUGCUGAGCGUCGUGAGCCUGCGUCUCGUCCUGCGUCGCCUGUUCGUCCUGCUCGCGCUACUGGUCGCGGUUCGCGUCAGCGUCCUCCUCCUGUCCCUGGCACGCACCAGAUGUCUUUGCGUCCGUCCACUGCUCCUCUGCGUGCCCCUUUGCCUUCUCCUCCUGAGUCCUCUCUUCCUGCGCUUGCCGACCCAGAGUCGGACUCUCUUCGUGCUGCCAGUCCUACUAUCACGCGUCUGCUUGCUACUGUCGUCACUGACCCCUCUUUUGAGUCCACUGCUGCGUCUGCUCUAGUCGCUGAGCUCGUCGACUUUGCUGCUCGCUGUCGUCUCGACUACGCUGCUAGUCUUGUUGCUGAGUCUGCGUCUGUCUGUCCUCCGUCUGUCGGGGGUGAGUGUGCUCUUGGCACGGACGUCCUAGAGGACAGGCAGGAGGAGUUACAGUGUCUAGCGGCUGCUUCACCUCAUCUCGCGUCUGUACUGCUUGCCCCUGAGGGAGAUCCGGAUGCACUAGACAUCCCGACUCCGCGUUCUUACGCGGAGGCUGUAGAGGGUCCCUACUCCUCUCAGUGGCAGGCAGCUAUGGAUGCAGAGAUGGCUUCCUGGAAGUCCACAGGCACCUACGUUGACGCAGUUCCCCCUCCUGGGGCGAACAUCGUCAGUGGCAUGUGGAUCUUCAGGGUGAAGCGGCCGCCGGGCUCUCCGCCUGUCUUCAAGGCGCGUUACGUCGCUCGUGGCUUCAGUCAGCGGCAGGGAGUUGACUACUUUCAGACCUUCUCUCCCACCCCGAAGAUGACUACUCUUCGGGUGCUGCUGCACGUUGCCGCUCAGCGCGACUACGAGCUUCACUCUCUCGACUUCAGCACUGCGUUCCUGCAGGGUAGCCUGCACGAGGAGAUCUGGCUGCGCCGUCCGCCUGGCUUCACUGGGACUUUCCCUCCUGGCACCCAGUGGAGCCUCCGACGGCCAGUCUACGGUCUCCGCCAGGCACCGCGUGAGUGGCACGACACACUGAGGACUACGCUUGCGGCUCUUGGGUUUGCUCCUUCCACUGCUGACCCGUCGCUGUUUCUUCGCACCGACACUUCCUUGCCGCCGUUCUACAUCCUCGUGUACGUCGACGACUUGGUCUUUGCCACAGCGGACACUGCUGGACUCGCCUACGUGAAGUCCGAGCUGCUGAAGAGACACACGUGCACAGACCUGGGUGAACUGCGCAGCUACCUUGGCUUGCAGAUCACUCGGGACAGAGCACGCCGCACCAUUACCCUGACUCAGUCACACAUGGUGCAGCAGGUCCUUCAGCGCUUCGGCUUCACGUACUCCUCGCCUCAGGCCACUCCUCUGCCUACUCGCCACUCGCUCUCAGCUCUGCCUUCGGAUGAGUCCGUAGAGUCGAGUGGCCCGUAUGCAGAGCUUCUUGGCUGCCUCAUGUACCUGAUGACCUGCACACGACCUGACCUUGCAUACCCUCUGAGCAUCCUUGCACGCUAUGUUGCUCCUGGGAGACACCGACCUGAGCACAUGGCUGCAGUGAAGAGGGUAUUGCGCUACCUGUGCAGUACGUCGGGCAUGGGGCUAGUGCUUGGAGGGCGGAGUCCAGUGGUCCUUACGGGCCACGCGGACGCUUCUUGGGCUGACGACCAGGCUACGCAGCGGUCGUCACAGGGUUACACCUUCAGCCUUGGUUCCGGCUCUGUCUCGUGGCGGUCUACUCGCUCGUCUUCGGUUCUCGGCUCCAGUUGUGAGGCUGAGAUCUACGCCGGGGCCAUGGCUGCACAGGAGCUUCGCUGGCUCACCUACCUGCUGACUGACCUUGGAGAGCCGCCUCGUUCUCCUCCAGUGCUGUACGUAGACAACAAGGCCAUGCUGGCCUUGUGUCGAGAGCAGCGUCUGGAGCACAGAACGAAGCACAUUGCUCUCCGCUACUUCCUUGCUCGUGAGCUGCAGCAGCGUGGUCAGCUGCGACUUGCGUACGUGGCCUCUGAGGCCAACACUGCUGAUGUGUUCACCAAGGCACUCGCGCCUUGUGACCAUCAGCGCUUCUGUACCCAGCUGGGUCUUGUGCCUGUCUUGCCUCACUUGCUCUCUUCCUGA